AUGGCUUCAGAACCAAUACCUCCAAAGCGCUCCAUCUUCCGUUCGGUCCCCUUCAAUAUCCUCAUAGCAUGCGGCGUUUCCUUCACAGCUCCAGGCAUGUGGGAUGCCCUCGGUGGCCUGGGAGCUGGAGGUGCAGCAAAGCCCUUCGCCGUCUCAGCAGCCAACGCCCUCCUGUACGGUCUCUUCUCCGUCGUCUGUGUCGCAGCCGGCGCCAUCAUCAAUCGCAUCGGCCUAAAGUUCGGUCUUGCCCUUGGAGCCAUUGGAUAUCCCCUCUACGGCGCUGGCCUUUACACCAACAAUGUCAGCGCCAAUACCUGGUUCAUGCUCUUCGGCAGCGCACUAUGCGGAGUUUCAGCAGGCUUUUUCUGGUCAGCGGAGGCGGCGAUCAUUAUCGGCUAUCCGACUCCUGGUGAUAGGGCGUUAUACCUUGCAGUCUGGCAGACUGCGAAAGCGGCGGGUCCGAUUGUCGGCGGCGCGAUCAAUCUAGGCUUGAAUGCGAAGCGCGAGACUGCUGGGUCUGUGUCGUCGACUACGUACAUCGUGUUCAUCACGAUCAUAUGUCUUGGGCUCCCUAUCGCGUUAUGCCUCUCCCCCGCUGAGAAGAUCUGGCGAAAAGAUGGGACGAGGAUUCUCGUGCAGAAAGCACCCACCUGGGGCGCGGAGUUCAAGGCAGUGGGUCGCCUGAUCGCGCGUCGAAGGAUCUUGCUCCUGCUUCCGGCAUGCUUCAUCAGCUAUUUCUUCAAUGGGUUCAUGAGUACCCGGUUGACGACAUACUUCACUGUCCGGUCUCGGGCUUUCAGCAGCUUCUUCACCAAUUUCGCUGGGAUUUUCAGCUCGUUCAUCAUUGCUACGCUACUGGACAACCAGAAAAUCCACAUCAAAACGAGAGCGAAGACUGCUUUCAUCGCGAUCGUGACGAUUCUCAUUGGGACCUGGAUCUGGGCGACGAUUCUGCAGAAGCAAUUCUAUGACGCUUCCGAAGCGCCUGUGUUCGACUGGUUCAACGGCGGAUUUGGAAAGAGCUACGCUCUUGUAUUCUUCUGGCAAUUUGGAGGUCAGGCGUUUCAGCAGUUCCUGUACUGGUUGUCAUCACACUGGGAUCUGAGGGGUACGGAGGCGCUGGGACAGACUGUGGCGUGGGCGAUGCAGUCGGAGGGGAACGCGAAUCAUUUUGUGAGCAUUGAGUUGAAUUUUGGGGUUACCGUGUUGUGUGUGCUGCCGACGUGGGUUGUGUUGAGGGAGUUGGAGGGGAGUUGUGAGGUGCAGCAUGUGCAUGUGGUGAGGGGAGAUCAGGAUUCUGGGUCGGAGGAUUUUGAUGGCGUGAAGGCGGCUGUUCAGUAA